AUCUAGCUCUACUGCUGUACCACAAUUGGCUGCGAGCAGCGUCACUCAAUCGACAAAUCCUCUCAACUCCUGACUUCCUCCUCUGCUCUGUGCGUGCGUGGGCGGCGCUGCGUGGUACCGUCUCCACAAUCCUCUCUUCUCCCUCCCACGCACCCCUGACCGUGACUCUCGCGGAUCCUAGGGAGAGAAGAAGCCGUAAUCUGCUCCUGUUUUGAGGUUGCAGCGACCGAUAUCUGCGUGUUUUCCGCUCCAUGCCUCCGGACUGUUUCUCCAUGCCCGAGCCGCAGUUCAGAUGGGGGGAGACUUAAGCGCAGCAGCGGGUGUCUGGCACGUGAACGCGCGCGGCAGGUCUCUCUGGCGGGCCAUCCCGAACACGGGAUGCUGAACGGGAGCCGAGAGGGUUUGUUUGAACUGGGCAGGCAGCUCCAGCAGGAAGGAGACUCACAAGCUGCUCUGCACUGCUUUUUGAGCUGCCUGCUGGGACUCACACAUGUGCAGAGCUUCCACUCGCUUCCCAACUGCCUGCAUCAGAUCGCUGAACUCUACAUCGAUGACAAGAACUAUGGGAAAGCUCUACAGUUUAUUCAGGCGGAGAAGAUGUUCUACGAAGUGGCAUUGAUCGAGCUCACCUCUCUGCAGGCCAGCACAGGGUCUCAGGAAGAAGGAACAUUGGGAACAUCAGGAUGUCUGUCUCAAGAGGAGUUAUCAGAACAGGCUUCACAGGCCCAGGAUCUUGAGAGACUGGCUCAUCUCUGCAUCAUGAGCAAAAGACCCCACCUUGCAUUAGAAUACAGUGGCAAGGCCACUAAAAUCCACCAGAAGGCUUUUGGUAACGAUCACCCCAUCACAGCCCGGAGUCUGGAGCUGCUGGCCACUGUCUAUGCAGAGAUCGGCAAAACAGAAUAUACAAAUUCAUUGGGAGAGUGUGUGUCGACUCUUUCCAAAAGGUUCUCAGCCACCGAGUCAUUCAGCGACGCUCUGAGUAGCAUCUCUCAUAGCCAUAAAGACAGACACUCGGAGCUGCGACACAGAAAAGAGCCAUACAUACAACAGGAAACUCCUAACACAAAGGUCAUAAAUGAAAAACUGCCCACCUCUAUUCUGAAAAGGUCCAACGUGAGCAAUGUGGAGUCAGACUCAUCACGCAAGCGGAAAACCGAGAGGCGGGUUCGCUUCAGAGAGCCGGAGAUCACUGUUCAUGACAUUCCAUACUAUGACUGUUUAGGAGUCUAUGACACUCCCCAGAGCCGUUUGCACCUGGCCCUGCUCACUUGCCUGUUCCUGCUUCUGUCUGCGCUGGGUCUGGCACUGUACUGCACGGACCGCCGGAGACCCCAGCGUGCAUGCGAAGAGCUGCAGACGGCACUGGCUGUGUACCUACUUCAGUUCAAACAGAUUGUUUGGGCCUGCUGGAUCUGGCUGACCAUGCAAUGACCAUAACUGACCACAGGGGGCACCAACAGGCAGGAAAAAAACCCUUAAAAGGUCAGGAUGUCUUUUGAAGGACUUUGGAGGAAAUUAGAGCUAAAGAAUGGUCCUCUUGUUUUUUUUUUUUUUUUUAUUGCUUUAUUUUGACUGUUAUAACCAGACUGGCCACCAGUCAAAUUUUCUGAGGAUGUUCAACAUCCACCUCUUUGAUUUUGUGGUUGAUUAAAGGCCAUGUGCUUUUCACACCAUUAAGGUAUGGUGUGCAUUUCUGCCCUUUAUGGUGGCAUAGCUAAUGCCACAUCCUCAUUAUACUGAGCCGUGUAUAUUUAGAUCUCUGUAUGUAGCUGUUUUUUCCUGUAUAGCGGUUCUGGAUGAAAUGUUUUAAAGGAAUAAUUCACCAAAAAUGAACAUUUUCUGAACAUUUUCUCAUCCUCAGGUCAUCCAAUAUGUAGAUGAGUUUGUUUCUUUAUUGAAACCGAUUUGGAGAAAUUUAGCAUUCGAUAAAUGGCUCACCAGUGGAUCAUCUGUAGUAAAUGGGUGCCGUCAGAAAAAUGUCAUGAUUCAAAAGUAUUCCACACGUUUUGUGAAGCAAAAAGGCAUUUGUGAGAAAACAAAUCCAUCGUUAAGACGUUUUAAAACCCUUUUACUUGUGAAUUACUGUGAUGUUUUUAUCAGCUGUUUGGACUCUCGUUCUGACGGCACCCAUUCACUGCAGAGUAUUCAUUAGUGAGCAAGUGAUGUAAUGCUAGAAAUCUCCAAAUCUGUUCCGAUGAAGAAACAAACUCAUAUCACUCUGAGGUUGAGUACAUUUUGAGUACAUUUUUAUUUGUGGCUGAAUGUUUCCUUUAAAGCAUCUUUUGGUCCUUUUGCAAAGAAUACUUGUGCAGCAAUAUUAAUUAAAACCUUUAGCACUCAGAAUUAUACUAGACUGUUGAGAGAGAAAACAAAUGAAUGAAUUCCAUCCACAGGUAGAGCCCGACUGAUAUAUUAAUAGGUCAGUAUUAUCAGUUAAAUAAGGCAUGCAAGACAUUGAAUACUUUUACAAGCCUCUAAUAAGCUAUAUGAAAAAGAGCCACAUGUAACGGUGAGUACAUGCAUAAUAUCAUGUGCAUUGUCACAAAUAGUGACAUUUUAGUGCAGAGAAAGCGUAGACACAUCGCAUGUGCUUAUAGAAUGAGUAAACGCAUCCUGCUAGUGCUGUUCUUUGUGCUUUAUAUAAUAUUUACCUCAAAGUUUUUUGUCAAAAAUUUGGGGAUAUAAGUAGCAAUAUAAGGGCUCUCUGAUUUAAAGAGUGAAUUUAGGAAACUGCUGAAAUAAUUUUACUGUAUUACAAAAAUAAAGGCAGAAUUGAGUUGGAAAUAUGUUUAUCCUCAGACAUAUCCAAGAAUGCAUUCAUUUUCAUCCAGCUUCAAAACAUCUUAAUGUUUUGAUUUUGGUGCAACCCUGUCAUUUUAGUUGAAUAAAAAAUGAGAGCAAAGACAUGAUCCUCAUUUUUAUUGAGGAUUCUCCCGAAAUGUAAGUAAUUUCAUAAUAGAAUUUAAAUGUUAUAUUGUUAUAAGUAAGAUGUCAUGUGCUGCAAGCAACUCCCCAAAAACUUAAUUAUAAUUUAAUUUCAUAAAAUAUUAUUUUCUUCUCUUUACUGUGAACACUCAUUGACUCAUUAUUGAUUAUUAUCAGACCCGAAUUCAGUCAGGCUUUACAUACUGUAUUGUGCACACUGUAUUCUCUAUGAACCAAUGUAUCACAUUAUAUGACCCUUUUAAUGUCCAAAACUACUUCAUUUAUCCAAUGCUUUUAUUUUUAAUGCACUCGCUGUACAUAAUGUGGUUGAAUGUGUCUGUGGAAUGCAAGAAAAUGCUAUUUAUUGAACUAAUAAUCAAAUAGGUUUAGAAUACAAAUAUGCGUUUUAUGCAUUUAUCAAUUAUGUACAGUAAAUGACACUAAUCAUUGUUAAAGAAUAUAUUUCAAUGUAAAUGAGAAAAGAGAACUGGCACAAUGACGACACCUUUAGCAUUUAUCUUUACAAGAAACGAAGGGCAAAGCUGUUCUGUUAAGCACAAACGUUUCCAUCUGCCACGAAUUCUCUCAGAAAGAGAUUUAAGACUGAAGAAAGAU